GUAGCUCACUUGUCUCGACGGUACACGAGCCACAGUAGCUAAAUUUUCAUUUUUGAAAUGUUGUUAAGUAUUACAUAAUUUGAUUAAAAAAACACUUAAAUUAACAAUAAAAUGGGUAGCGGUUCGAGUAGGACAAGAAAGCUAACUUUAGAUAACGAAGACGCGUCGAAUGUAAUCAAAGUUUCGGAGGAUGUCGUUCAAAGAUUGAAAUCCGAUUCGCAGGUAAGAAGUGUUCAAAGGCAAGAGGUGAUUGCGGCUGUUCCAAACGGACCGGCCCCGAUAUACUACUAUGAACCGCGGUUAACCUCUCUACAAUUCCAACAGGAGAAGUCUGAAGCGUUGAAGAAGAACGACGAGUAUUGGGAGAGACGUAUUAAGGAUUUAGAAAGUUAUCACAUGGAAAUGCACAAAGUGAUGGAGGGCGAAUAUAAUAAAGCGAUAAACGAGAUGAAUACCAAGGAGAAGAAGCUGUACGCGUGCGAUACGCCCCCAUGCCAGAUUAGCAAGGCGCGAGUUCUGGAGUGCUACAAGAGGAAUCCGAAUCAAGCGAUGAAGUGUCUUAAAGAAGUCGAGGCGUUCACAGCUUGCGUCGACUUGCAACGUUCCAUUUUGAUUGACGCGAAAGCCGCCUCGUAAUUAUAUGAUCUGUAAAUUAGUAAAUAAAAGUCGAAUUUAGCGACG